AUGGCUGAAGAUUCGUGGAUCCAUUUUUGUAAUGGAGAGAAAGUCGUUUUCGAGAAUCAAGAGAUCGCAAUUUUCCCUAGCAUCGAAAGCAUGACUCUGUGCCGUAAGAUCGCUAGUUUCAGAGACAAAAAUAAUAACAAAAAGGGCUUCAUGCUUUAUAACUUGGAUCACUUGGUGAAAAGAUUUGAGCUUUGGAAAGAGGAAUUCCCGAUGGUUGAGCCAUUUUAUGCGACCAAAGCCAAUAACGAUCCGGUGAUUCUGCGAAUUCUCACUGCGUUUGGGUGCUCGUUUGAUUGCGCGAGUCAGAAUGAAAUCGAUUUGUUGAUCAAACUGGGAGCAAGCCCAUCACAGAUCAUUUUCGCUCAUCCCGCCAAAACAGAAGAGUCCAUUUUGUUUGCUAAAGCGCAUGAUGUGAAACUCUUGGUUGUGGAUUCAGUUGAGGAGUUGCUAAAACAGAGCCGUUUAUUUCCUGGAUCGAAAUCUGUUAUUCGAAUCUCAGCCUCAAGUUCUCAAUCAAUCUCUGACUUGAGCGUUAAAUUUGGUGCCGAUCCAGAAGAGGAGGCACCUGAAAUUAUCAAGAUUGGGGCGAAAGAAGGGAUAAAUAUUCAUGGAAUCAGUUUCCAUGUCGGUACAGGCUGUGAGGAUCCAGCGGCGAUUCCGAGAGCGCUGCGAGCUGUAAAGAAGUUGAUUUUGAUGGGUCGAGAAGCUGGACAUGAGAUGAAACUCGUCGAUAUUGGUGGAGGUUUCAAUGGGUACAAUGAUCAGAAAUUUAGAGAGUGUGCUGCUGGAGCCAGGCCGACAAUCGAAGCGCUCAAAGAAGAGCUUGAUCUGCGAUUCAUUGCAGAGCCGGGCAGAUACAUUGUUGCUCCUUGUGCAAGUAUUUGUGUGAAUGUGCAACUCGGAAAGGAGGUUUCAGCCGCAAAGAUCACGGGAAAUCCAGCCGAUAAGGAUAAACGAGGAAUCGAGUAUUAUAUAACUUCAUCUGUUUUCGGAACAUUUGUUUGUUGUUGGUAUGGAUAUUUGAACUCAGAGGGACGGCCGCUAUUUCCAAAAGGUGGUGAGCAAUUCGUGUCAAGAAUUUGGGGACCAACUUGUGAUUCAAAGGAUCAAAUUGAGACGAACAAAAUGAUGGAACGUUUGGUUUGCGGUGAUUGGAUCUACUAUGAUUUCAAGGGAGCAUACACAACUGUUUAUGAAGCGCCAUUCAACGGUUUCCCCCAUCCAGAACAUUUAUUCGCUUCUUCGGAGAAAGUUUGGGAUCGUAUUAAAGAAACUCUACUG